GUAUAGCUAUCAGGACUCCGGAGGCCAAGAGCACGAAACCCUAGCCACCGAUCGAGGAGCGAGCCCACGAGACAGUAAAGCACGAGCGGCGACCAGGCGACCCAACACCACCGAUCGCGGCGGCUUCGGCAAGUACCGCGGCGGCUGAGCGCCUUGUAUGGCCGGAACAGCAGCCUCACCACCAAUCGCCGCCACCACCUGUGGCGGCAGGCAAGCCAUGAGUAACGGAGGCACAACCACCACAGAGCCGCCGGCAUGCACGACGACGACUCCUAUGGAUUCUGCUGUCCUUCAGUUCAGGUUGGACUACGAGCAAAUCAAGCACCUUAGCGUCAACCAGGUCAUCUCCUCUGACGUCGUCUCCGUCGGCCAACACAUGUGGAGGAUCGACUGUUACCCGCGGGGACUAGAAAAGCACUCCGACAAGGACAAUGGAAAUUAUGUUUCCCUGUACCUCAGGCACCUGAGCAGCUCCAGAAGCGUAAACGCCAUCUUGGACGCCUUCCUGAUGGAUAGAAAUGACAACCCAUCAGAAGCCCGGAAGACGACGGAACUUCACAAGUUCAAAAUCAAGGGCGACCCUUUAAAACGCGACGACUGGGGAUAUAAUCGGUUCGUGGCCAGAAGGGUCCUUGAGGAAAACUAUGUUGUGGAGGGGCACAUCACGUUCGUAUGCACCAUCAUCGUCAUGCGUGAUACACCUGUCACCGUGCCGCCUUCAGACAUCGGAAACCAUCUCGGCUGCUUGCUGGAUCAGCCAUAUGGGACGGACGUGUCGUUUACUGUCGACGGCGAGACAUUCCCCGUGAACCGAGCGAUCCUUGCAGCCCGCUCACCGGUCUUUAGGGCAGAGCUUUUUGGGUCCAUGGCCGAAGCUACUAUGUCAUCCAUCACGCUGCACGAUAUCAUGCCUUCAACAUUCAAACGCAUGCUUCGGUUCAUAUACACGGAUGAGUUUCCUACUACAGAAGAUAACCCCUCCAAUGAGGUAUUAUUUGAUUUACUUGCUGCUGCAGAUCGCUACGCGCUAGACCGGCUAAAGCUUAUGUGUGUCCAAAAGUUAUGGGAUAAUGUGUCAAUGGAUACAGUUAUUGAUAUUCAAGCUUGUGCGGAGAUGUACAAUUGCCCCGAGUUGAAGGACAAGUGCAUUGACUUUAUUGCUAGAAAGAAAGAAUCUAAGAAGCAGCCGGAGUCUUCAUCGGGCUAGGGCACAUACUUCAUGGAUUAUGGUUGGUGAGCUUGGACUAGAGAGUGCUCGAAUAUAAUGUACUGGAUUAUUUUUACACAGGUGCAUAUCCAUAAGGGAUUCUAUUUGUGCUUUGAUAAGAAUUACGGUUUGUUU